AUGGACAAGCUCUACCUGUCUCCCAACUGGCUCCGAGGCGGUCCAUGGAACACACCCUAUGAACGUCAGCCCUACCACCACAAGAAUCCCUCGCAAUUCUUAAAAGAUAUCGGAUUUCGACAGCCAAUCGGGGAGCGACAUUCAGUCGAGGAGCGACAGUCAAACAGGAAAUUCACAUUCACGGAUGUAUUGGUAAACCCGGCAUCUGCCAACGAUUUUACAAAACGAAUCACUGCAGCGCUUUUCACAGCCCGCCAAAAAUUCAUGAGGCUCCGUGGGCAGGUCAAUGUGAAAGUCAUCCUUGACCUUCUCCAGGACCAACCGUCCUUGACUAGCGCCGACCUGAGACCAAUUGUCAAUGAGGCGUAUCGAGUUGCGUUAGUCGGUGAUUCCAACCUGCGCACUGCCUUUGGAAUCAACAGCAAGCCCCCUCGCCAUCGUAGUGCCGACUUGGAGGAGUAUUAUAGGCUCUUCCAAGAGUUCAUGACCUGUGUAUACCAGCGCGGAGGCGCUAAAGUGGUAUUUGAGAACGCUACGUAUAAAACGGAUCCCUUCCAUGACAGUGGUCGAAAUGACAGGGAACAAAAUGACGAGGAACGAAUCGACGAGGAGCGAAAGUACAAGGAACGAAACUGUAGAACGUUCCUACUGCCUUUUCUGAACCAGCACGAUCUCAGCAAUCCCAGACUUUUGGGACAUCUCAUCCUUAACCGAAGCAAGUACCACCCCAGUGCGUUCGCACUGGCUGAUUGGGAAGCACUUCACCUUGGUCGAGCCAGCAAGCUCUUUCAUCCGAAAUUUGCUGACUCCAGCUUCAUUGGGAUCCUCACUCCAUCAGAAGCCCAUGAGUAUCGACUCAUGCAAACAGAUCCAGAUCCAGAUUUCUACAUCGAGCACAAGCACAUACUGGUUGGCGCAAAUGCCGAACUAGACUAUGUCCAACACCCGCUGUUCAUAACUUUGCGCGAACAAGGCCGCCUGUUUGGCUGGGGGGAGGGUAUCCACUUCCUCCUUACCCAAGUCAUGCUUUACCGACUCCUGUACGGUAUUACGAAAGCAAUAGCGAUUCGAAGCGGCCAAGCAGGAGAAGAAGUAUCCAGUGGCAUUUCCGUGGCUGGAGAUACCCGUCUGAUUAAAGCCUGGGUAUCAGCAGCUUGUCCAAACAAAAUCUUUGACCUCGAAAAAGAGGGGAUAGUCGAAUAUGGAGUAUACAUUCCACCAGCCUUCCUCACUUCGGACUGGUGUGACGAUUUCAAGGCAAAAUUCACACAGCAACUAGAGGUGUCAAAACACCAUCUAAAGAGCCUUUGGCAUGAUCCAUUCUACUUCCAGAAUUGCAUCACUGAGCAAUUCCAUCAGCACUACGGACAUGUACCCGAGGAGCGCCAAACCUCCGUUCCGUCUUCCCCAAGGACGGCGGCAUUGACGGCGGCAAAUGACGGCCGAUUCCCGCAUUUCGACGCACGCGACAUUGACGCAAAGAAGAACCUGUUGAACGAUCUCAUUAGGCGCGUCGCCCGGUGGGCUCUGUUUGAGGUUGAAAUGUGGCAAUGCCUGCUCGACAAACUCGAUGUCCUGUGUGACCUUGCCCGUACGAAGGGAGUUCCUCUUCGGUUUUCAAAUUACUCCACGCGUAUUCAAAUACCAGACGAAGAGGUGAGGGAGGCCUGGGUCGACUUGGGCUUCCACGCUCGUUGGUUUGUGGAGCGCAGAAUCAACCAUGUCGUUGACCAUGGCGGAUUGGUUGCGGCCGAAGAGGUCCGGCCGUACUUUCGUCGAGAUACGACUUGGUCGAGUUUACAAGCAGGCAAAGAGAAGUGGAAACUACCCAAGGCGUAUGCCGGUACCAAGAUCAACUUUACUCAGACUAUGGAUGUCAAAUGGGACACUCAGAACGUCGAAAUGGACACUGAAAACGCCAGACUGAACACUGAGAACGACAAGAUGGACAUUGGUAACGAAGAAAUGGACGAGGUUGAUCCCGAAAAUCUUACUGAGCAUCUCUGGUGGUCGAUCAAGAAUCUCCAAGUUGGUCUUGCGAGUAACUUCAGCAUUGGAACUAUCGGCUUGCCGAAGCUGAUCCAGGCUCUGCAUACCAAGCUUGACGAGCGACACGAGGCACUCGGGGUUCAGUCGACAGUCACAAAAGACUACAAAGGCAUAUACCUGACAGGUCUACUUUGUCAUCAAAUGCAACUCAUGCACCCAUUCGGAAAGGAUCUCCUGGUGCCCGAAGGUCGCAAUGAACGGCGCCGCGAAAGUCCGAUCGGCCCGUUUCUCAUCAACUAUGACGACGUCCCUUUUGAGGAGCUUGUCGGAGAAAAGACUCUGAGGUAUGUACAGUGGUUACUGGGGAUCGUAUACAAACCUUAUGGAGACAAACACUACAGCCGCACUUCAAGACUCGCACAGAAGUGGGUGAGGGACUUUUGGCGAGAACUUUGCAACGGGCUUGCCAACUCGGACAAGGAGUUCAAGGCGAAGAAGUAUCAGAAUACUGCGGGUGGCGGCGGCGGUAACGGGACGCAAAGGCAGAGAAUCAGCAAGCCGGUGAAGCCAAGGUCCUGUCGGCCUCCGGCUCUUCAACGAUACCUCGGAGCCUACGCCAAAGAAAAGAGGAAGAUGGAGGAAAAUAUGUUCAGGUGCAGGAAGAUUUGCGGAGAGAUUAUGAACCCGGCGCCCCCGGGCCAUCUGGAACCUCCAGAGUCGGACCCUUCUGUACCUUUCUGGAUGGAGCCGCCUGAAGCAGUCAAGCGGAUUAUUUUGCAGAUGGAGGGGACCAGCGUCACAGGGAACAGAAAGGUCGACGAGAUGAGCCGAGAAGGCGGAAGCUCUAGAGUGGCAGGCAGGCUCAAGAGGACGGUUUGGGAGACCAUGGAGAAGAUUUACCGCAGAAGGAUCGGGCCCGUCGGAAGGAAGGACGUGUACGAUCUGGUGAGCGCCUUCGGCUUCGGGGUCGACAGCAGAAAGGCGGGAUCUCGCGAGAGCUUCAUGUGGACUGAUCGGUCGCAAUUCCCGGAGCCUUCGAAGAAAAGUAUCACAAUUCAUAUGCCACAUGAUACCGCAGACUUGAAGGACAACCAGCGCCGCUCGAUACGAGAUGCAUUCGAAGAGCUGGGCAUCACGGAGGACGCUAUACGCAAGUACUACCAUUGCCAAGGUAGCCGUUGA